AUGACAAGAUCGAAGAGAAAGUUCGCGAUUACGGACAAAUUUCUACCAAGGCUUGCCAAAAAUCUGACCACCAGAAAGGGUAGUCGGCGCGCUAACACCGGCAAUCGUCUAGAACACGCAGUUCUCACCCACAUCCAGCACGUGCCGUAGAUCCUCGAUCCCUGCGCCCCCCCCACCGUCACUCAUCCUUACCGGCUCUACAAAAUUUAUGCUAGCAGUCAUGGCGCGCGGAGACGAAUGCAAGACCACCACUAAAGCUAACUAUGCGUGCAAGAAUUUGGACAUUAUUCCUCCGAUGAAAAAAUCCAUAGCUACAUCAUCUUACGAAACCCAUAAAAAACAAGAGCCGAAGAAGGACUACGGCGCUUGGGGCCCCAUCUACAAGGACAAGAAAACAUUCACCAACAUGCACAUAUGUUGAACAGCCAAGCCGGUCCAUCAACUCAUCAUCAUCAUCGCUUUCAAUUUCGUCAUCGUCGCAAAUAAUAUUGUUAAGUUUGUAGUUUUUAUAAUUUGGCAAAAUUGAUAAUUUUGACUGUAAACAUUCUUAGAUUAUUUGGCUUUAAUGAUCUAAGUAAACAUCAUGUCUUCAAGCUUUGACAUUCAAUUACUCCUAUGACGAGAUCUCUCUGAGACUUAGAAUCGUCAUGUUCAAGAUUAAUCGCCUAUAUGAGUCCCAAUAUCAAAAGUUGAAGUUAAUCGAACAACUAAAAAAUGUAAUGCAAUAAAGAUAACUAGAUUUAAAAAAGAAAUCGAAUUGUAUCAUGUUAUUGCUUGUAAUUCUAAAAAAAAACCAAAUAAACAACUGAAAUUAUUUGUUGUCGACGAGUUCUUCUUUCAUUAUGUGUAUCGCCAGGUGUAGGGUUUCUUUAACUAACUGCUUUUUGUACUUUUUAACAGAUUAAAUUGCAUCAUUCAUUU